AUGUUAAGAAUUACUAAUCAAAUAAAAUCUUCAUUAGAAUAUGUACCAUUUAAACAAAUCAAUAUUGAAUCAACAAUUCGUUCGUUUGCUGCUAAUGUAACAAUAACACAAAUAUUUCGAAAUGAUGAAUAUACAUCUAUUGAAGCUGUUUAUUAUUUUCCUAUUGAAGAACAAGCAGCUAUUUAUAAUUUUACAGCUCGUAUUGAUAAUCGAGAAAUAAUUGCACAAUUAAAAGAAAAAAAAGAAGCACAAUUUGAAAAUAAUAAUGUCUUAAAACAACAACAACAACAACAUUGUACUUAUUUAUUAGAACAAGAUGAAAAAUCACAAGAUACUUUUAUAAUUAAUGUUGGUUCUUUACCUCCAUCAAAAGAAUGUACAAUAAUUAUAUCAUAUGUUACAGAAUUAGAUCUUAUUCAAGGUUCAAUAAUUCGUUUUGUUAUUCCAACAACUAUUGCACCUCGAUAUAGUUCUCAAAAAAAACGUACUAUUUCACUAGUAAAUACUAAAUCUAAAUAUGUUCAAUCAAUACCAUAUAUCAUUGAAUUUCAAUGUCGUAUUGAAAAAAUUUAUGGGCCUAAUCAACAGCAAUAUAUAGCACGAUUAAAUUCUCCAUCACAUCAUGUUGAUAUUGAUCUUUCUCUACAUGAUGCUUAUAUAGUUACAUUUGCACAAAAAAAUACAUAUUUAGAUCGUGAUAUACUUUUAGAUAUAAAAUUAUCUGAUAAACGUGCAAAUACAUUUGUUGUUGUUGAAUCAAAUGCUGCUAUGGCUGCCGUAACACCAUUUGAAGAAGAUUGUUAUUUAACAUUAAAUAAUAGACAAACAAAUGAAUUUAUAUUUGUUCUUGAUUGUAGUGGAUCAAUGAAAAAUGAAAAUAAAAUUGGAUUAGCUCGUGAAGCUAUGUUAUAUUUUAUUAGAAAUCUUCCAAUGAAUUGUUAUUUUAAUAUAAUUAAAUUUGGAGCAAAAUAUAGUUGUUUAUUUAAUGAAUCAACUGCUUCUUAUAAUAAUAUUAAUAUACGAAUUGCUGAGAAAUUUAUCAGUCAAAUACGAGCAGAUUUAGGUGGUACUGAAAUACUUGCACCUUUACAAUGGCUUGAACGUCAUCCACCUCCGAUUGAUCGUUCUCGUCAAGUAUUUCUUCUAACUGAUGGUGAAGUUUCAAAUGUAUCUGAAGUAUUAGAAUUAUGUCGUUCAAUGGCUUCAUCAACUCGAAUAUUUUCAUUUGGUUUAGGUGCAUCACCAAGUCGAUCUCUUGUGAAAGGUCUUGCACGAACAACAAAUGGUCGAUUUAUUUUUAUUCCACCAAAUACUCAUAUCGAUGUUUAUGUUCGAGAACAAUUACAGAAAGCCAUUCAACGAUGUAUUACAAAUAUUCAUAUUCAAUGGAAUCUUGGAAUUCCUAUACAAAAUGUACCAAAUCAAUUAUCACCAGCCUAUAUGAAUGAUCGUUUAAUUAUCUAUGCUCUAACCAAUGAUCAAACAAUACAAUUAAAUAAUAAAUCUUCAAUUGAAAUUCGAACUAAUCAAAGUUAUUAUCGUUUAGGUAUAACGAAUACUGAUCGUAUAACAAAUAAUACAAAAAUGAUAGCACGUCUUGCUGCUAAAGCAUUAAUACUUGAAUUAGAACAUUGUAAAAUAUUACGAAAAAAUUCAAAACAAGUACGGUUUGUAGAUAUUGAUGAUGACUCAAAAAAACAUAAUGAAAUUAUUCGAACAAAAGAAAAUAUUAAACAACGUAUUAUUGAUUUAUCAUUACAAUAUAAUAUUCUCAGUCGAUAUACAGUAUUUAUUGGUAUUGAAAAAUAUUUCAAUAAUAAUAGUACUGAUAUGAUUUUACGUGAAGUACCAAUACAAAUAUCAACUGAUAAUCAAUAUUUUCAAUCGAUCGAUUCAAGAUCUGAAAAAAUUUUAAGUGAUAUCAAUGAUAUUGAUUCAUAUUCUUCAUCAUUAACUAAAAUGAGUACAUUGAUGAAUGAUAAAGAUAUGAGUUAUUAUCAAGAAAAAGAUUCUCUUGAGCACGUUCAAUCUCAUCGUAAUAUUUCUAUUCCCGUACACUCGAGUACAAGUAAAGAAAGUCGUUACAUAACAUUGUCAAAUGAACAUAAAUUUAUUCAAGAUAAUUUGUUAAAGAAAGACAUAUAUAGAGAUCAAAAUGAAAUUUGUUCGAUGAAUGAUAAAGAUCUUGUUUAUUAUUUAAUAAAUAAACAAAAAGAUGAUGGUCUUUGGAAUUUUGAUACAAAUAGAAAAACAAUAAAAGAUUUAACAGGAAAACCUCUUGCUAUUUUUCAAUCAUUAGAAAUUCAUGGUAAUAUUCAAAUCUUUGUUACAGCAAUUAUUAUUGUCUUAUUUGAAGUAAGAUUUAUGGCAUUACGUUCAAUAUGGGAUGAUGCUGUAGAAAAAGCACAUCAACGUUUAAUAAAUUUACUAAAUAAUGACUGGAAACAAUUAAUCUUUUUAUUUCGACAUAUUAGACUAAUAUUAAGUGGAUGA